ACCUGCACUUUCGCCAUAUUUUCAAUCCUGUCGAGACCCGCAUCUCUGUUUGCCACCAAGUUUAACCCGAGGACCCUUCUCACAGCUCUACGCUUGGGCUUAUUUCUGAGGAAACAUCUCUGUUAGCUUCACUGCCGUGUCUGCGAGCUCUUCCUGCUGCAACCAUGAACAUCUUCAGAGGGAUUGCGGACUUCUCCCAUCUGGCUGCUAUCAUCAUACUGCUGCACAAAAUAUGGAAAAGCAGGUCGUGUGCAGGUAUCUCUGGAAAGAGCCAGAUCCUGUUUGCCAUUGUGUUCACCACACGCUACUUGGAUUUGCUGACCUCCUUCAUCUCCCUCUACAACACAAGCAUGAAGGUGAUCUACAUCAGCUGUUCAUAUGCCACAGUCUAUUUGAUCUACAUGAAAUUUAGGGCUACGUACGAUGGCAACCACGACAGUUUCCGUGUGGAGUUCCUGGUUGUUCCUGUUGGAGGUCUUGCUGUUCUCAUCAACCAUGACUUUGCCUUGCUAGAGAUCCUUUGGACAUUCUCCAUCUACCUGGAGUCUGUGGCAAUUCUGCCUCAGCUCUUCAUGAUCAGUAAGACGGGUGAGGCGGAGACGAUCACCACCCACUAUCUGUUCUGCCUGGGCUUGUAUCGAGCCCUCUACCUCUUCAACUGGAUCUGGCGUUUCUACUUUGAGGGCUUCUUUGACAUGAUUGCUAUUGUGGCUGGUUUGGUCCAAACUGUCCUCUACUGCGACUUCUUCUACCUUUAUGUCACCAAAGUAUUGAAAGGCAAGAAACUAAGCCUGCCUGCGUAAAACGGAGGUGGAGACAGCGACUCCCAGUAGACUCGGGGGGUGCGGAGAUGACAUCUUGGAAUUCUCGUGACCUAUAGCAAAGGACACCUGGGACAGAGAGUCAACCAACAGGGAAAAACACUAGUCCUCUUGAAGAUUGAUGAUUGAACUGGUAAAUGCCAACAAACACCAGAGCUGAACAAAAAUCAUCCCAGAUCAACUUUUGGAUUUUUGUGUUCAGCAUCUUGCCUUAAACUUCUUUUCAUUGUUGUUCAGAUAGGAGAAAAGGCUUCUUUUUCUUUUUCCUUGUCUUUCUUUCUUUGUUUUUUGUGAGGUGGAUGUGUUUUUUUUUACUUUUAUAAUGUCACAAAGGGGGUUGUCUCUGAGAAAUACCUUGUUUGACUUAGUAAUGAAAUGCACAAAUGUACAGUCUUAUUAAAGAGUGAGAUAAAGAGUAAUGUAUCCGAGUGCCUGAUGUAGAGUAUGCCCAUUUUCUCACAGUAUUUUUCUUUUUUAAACCUUUUAAUUUUUUAUCUGUAUACAUAUGCAGUAACCCUCUCUUGGAAACAUUUAAAAGAGGCCAACAUUCACAGUUUGAUGCUUUAUAAUAUCUCUAUACAUUAAAAACUGGGGUUAAAAGGAAACCAAUAACAAUAUUUUUACAUAAAUGCCUUCAGUCUUUUAAUCAUAGGUGUCAGCAUUUUCAAAUUGAUCUAAUUUGGAAUUAAACUUUUCAUGCAAUCUUUUCUUUAGCUUACUGUGUUGGAGAAGCUGUUAUGCAGUGCAACUGUUUUGUGGCUUAAAUAUGAAUCCAAACCUUGUUUCUGUCAAGUGUAAUCCAGUCAUAAAUGCAAAAGAAAUGAUGACCGAUUGAACAAUGAUUGCACUCGUCACACACGGAUGAGCAGAGCAGUUACCUGGCAUCAGAGUCCUCUGUCACUUCCAACUGGUUGUGACAUUUCAUUUGUUAACCCAGCGUGUGUAGUGUGAACAUUUCAACAGUUCUGAUAUUUUGCUGCAGUAGUGGGUUGUUUUUCUUUUCAAUGACUGCAUUUGCAUCAUAUCUAAAAGGCCUCUUGUUAACCUCUUUAAAGUUGCCAUUCUUAGAAGAAGUAUUUCAACUUUUUAUGUCAUUGUUUUGCAUGUUAUCACCUCCAUUAAAGAUUUUAUGAGAAUCA